GGGACAGCAGCACUGAGGCUCCGGCCCCGCCAUGGCUCCCGGCUCCGAGCAGAUCUUCGACUCCCUGGGUCACUUCGGCAGAUUUCAAGCAUGUGUGUAUUUUGCAUCUGUCUUUCAAGCUAUGUCAUGUGGCAUCCAUUACUUAGCGUCUGUGUUCAUGGCUGUUACUCCUAACUUUGUAUGUGGGAUCCCUGGAAAUGUGAGUAGCGUUCUCUUCUACAACUCCUCUAAAGCAAGUCUAGAGGACAUCUGGACAAUGUGGACAUCAACAGAAAAUUACAUUGUAGCCCAGCUGGAAAAUGGAGAAAUCUGGGAACUUAAUCAAUGCAGCAAGUCCAAACGAGAAGUCAGUUUUGACCUAGCAUAUGAAUAUAAAGGCAACAAGUCCAUAUUUUCUUGUUCUGAUGGAUUUCUUUAUGAUGAUACAAAAUGGAAGAGCACUGUUGUUACACAGUGGGAUCUGGUCUGUGACCGAGAAUGGCUGGCAAAAUUAAUCCAGCCUACAUUCAUGCUUGGAGUCUUGAUUGGAGCGGUGAUUUUUGGUGACAUUGCUGACAGACUGGGAAGACAGCGCGUUAUGUGGUUCACAAGUGCUGGUCAGUUUGUAUUUGGCAUCACAGUGGCAUUCACGUUUGACUACUACAGCUUCGUGAUUGUCCGCUUUCUCCUUGCUAUGGUUUCAAGUGGCUAUCUGGUUGUGGCUUUUGUUUAUGUGACUGAAUUUGUUGGCAUUAAAGCACGAACCUGGGCUUCUAUGCAUGUCCAUGCUUUUUUUGCUUUGGGAAUUAUGGUUGUGGCACUCGUGGGAUUUUUGGUUCGGACCUGGUGGGUGUAUCAGAUAUUUCUCUCCAUAGCAACUCUUCCCUUUGUCUUGUGCUGCUGGAUGCUUCCAGAAACACCUUUGUGGCUCCUGUCAGAGAAAAGAUAUGAAGAUGCACAAAAAGUAAUCAAUAUAAUGGCAAGGUGGAACAAAGUAAGCACUUCCUGCAAAGUGUCUGAACUGUGCUCAGUCCAACAAGAUGACCCAGGCACUGACAGAACAAGUGGCAAUGGUGCAUCCACAACCAAGAAGCACAACAUCCUAGAUCUGUUUUGUAAUUGGUACAUUGCAAGAAGGACCAUCACGAUCUGGCUGGUCUGGUUCACUGGGAGCCUGGGGUACUACGUCUUCUCCCUGAGUUCUGUCAAUCUAGGAGGCAAUGAAUAUUUAAAUCUGUUUCUCAUAGGUGCUGUGGAAUUGCCUUGCUAUAUCAUUGCUUGCAUUGGGAUGGACAAACUGGGAAGGAGAAACACACUCAUUCCGUUCCUUAUUUUAAGUGCACUGAUCUGUGUUUUAAUUAUGUUCAUACCUCAGGACUUUAAUGUGUUAAUUAUCUUGGCAAACAUGGCUGGAAAAUUUUCAAUAGGUGUGGCAUUUGGCCUUAUAUACCUCUACACAGCAGAACUGUAUCCAACAAUUGUAAGAUCGCUUGCUGUUGGAAGUGGGAGCAUGAUGUGCCGUGUAGGCAGUGUGGUUGCUCCUUUCUGUGUGUAUCUGAGAAGUGUUUGGAUUUUCUUGCCACUUUUGCUUGUUGGAAUCAUGGCUCUUCUGAGUGGAAUAUUAACAUUAAUGCUUCCAGAGACACUUGGAAAACCUUUGACUAAUACUUUGGAGGAAGCUACAGAAAUGGGAAGAAAGAAGGAAAACUGCUCAGGAAAGACUCCUCCAGCAGACAGUGGUGCAGCAUUAGAAAAGAUAGAGAUGUUUGGUCAAGAAACAGUCAGCACUGAGAAAUAAAACAAGAUCAAAAUGGCUGCUCCCAGUUUUAACAAUUAUAUAAUUUAUAGGUCAUUUUAUUCAAGAAAAGACUGUUCUGUAAUAUCUGUGCCUUUAAAUUUGUAAUACAUCUUGCUUUUUUGACAGAGCAAGAGUAUGAAACCUUUUCCACUUGACUGAAUUACUGCAGAAAAUUUGAUGAGAUUUCUAGGUCCCUUCUCAAACUUAUUUUGCCUUUAGAAAACCUGUCUGACUUGCUGUGACCAGUUGGAGUGAUUAUUUUAAGUUCUGUAAACUACCUGGUUACAUAUAUGUAAAAAAAAAAAAUGCCAAUUCUUACUUCGGAUUUUCUGUGGUUAGACUUGUAAACCCACCACACUGUGUCUUGUCCUUUUGCAGUUGUCAGUUAUAGACUUGAGAAUUCAAUACAUAGUGAAGUCAAACUCACAGUUAUAAUUCAAGAGAGAAGCCUUAACAUUUCAUCAGGUCAUACUAAUAAUUUCAAACUUAAACUAUUUUUUUUUUCUUUUCAAAACUGCUUCCAGAAAAGUUAUCAUUUCUAACAAAAGUAUUCUGUGGAAUAGCUUCUGACUG